ACGAGUUUCACACCUUCCUUCACUGCGACCGCCUUCUCCUCCAGUCUCCCCCCACCUCACACCCAGAAAUUCGGAUCAGCGCCGUUGCACAGUGAGUGGACCUUUCCAGUGGAAGGAGGCAGCCGCGUCUUCCAAUGGCGGCUUCCUCCUCUCCCCUCCUCGCCCCACCGCCCGCGGCGCUGCUCCGCCACGCCGCUUCUCCCACGGUCUCCCCCUCCCCCUCCUCCUCCUGCCGCUGCUACGGAUAUUCUCCCGCUCCCAGCGGCGGUUUUCUCCUGCAACCGCCUGCUCGACUCCCCCGCCGCCGCCCAGCAUUGUACACGGCGGCCGCCCGUACUGCUUCCAAGGUGAGGUUUUGCGGGAAUGGCGUCUACGGGCGGCCGGCGGUGCUCAGGGGUUGGAGUAAAUGGUGGCCGGAGAAGGGUUUAUGUGCCGCUGGGACGGGUGACGAUGCCGGGGAUCAAGUUGGCGAUCAGGACGACGAUGGAGUCCGUGUUUCUAACGACGCCCUCCGCGCCACCAUCCGUAAGAGCAGAGAGGUGCUGGCGAUGCACAGGGAUCUACUUCAGCAGCUAUCAGAAAAGAAGAAGCUCAUCUCUAUUAUUGAAGCCAGUUCCAUUCAAAAUGGGCAAGAGGCGUCCAGUGGCAGUUCCUUUUCAAUCCCGGAUCCAGUUUCAGAGGGCCAAGAGAUUGGCUAUGACCUUCAGAUGUACCUUGACAGGCGUUCACAGAAAUCACAAGUCCGUUCAAAUCAUGGAGAAUCUAUUAGUGGACAGCAUGAAUACUUUGGAAGUUUAGAAGGCAAAGUUUCUAACGCCGAUGUUAAUGGGUCACCUGUCAAGGAUUACAUGGCCCAACAGAGUCAAAUAAGUGAAGAAAAACACUCGGUUACUGAGGGAAUAAAUGACAACUCAUCCUCUUCGGCCAGCGUAGAUAUUAUGAAUAUCAUAUUGGUAGCUGCGGAAUGUGCUCCUUGGUCAAAAACAGGUGGACUUGGUGACGUUGCCGGAGCUUUGCCAAAGGCUUUGUCCAAGAGAGGUCAUCGUGUCAUGGCAGUAGUACCAAUGUAUGGAAAGUAUGAAGAACCUCAACAAAUAGGAGAAUCAAAGAGGUACCAGGUCGCAGGGCAGGAUAUGGAGGUAAAAUAUCAUCAUGCAUACAUAGAUGGCGUCGAUUUUGUAUUCGUUGACAAUCCUUUAUUCCACAAUGUUGAGAGUGAAAUUUAUGGCGGAAACCGAACAGUAAGUAAUGAUAUCUUGAAACGGAUGGUUUUGCUGUGCAAAGCUGCUGUAGAGGCUCCAUGGUGUGUUCCAUGUGGUGGUUUUUGCUACGGUGAUGGAAAUCUUGUGUUCAUUGCAAAUGAUUGGCACACUGCAUUACUGCCUGUUUAUUUGAAGGCUUAUUAUCAUGAUAAUGGUUUCAUGAUAUAUGCCCGUUCUGUCCUUGUGAUACACAAUAUAGCACAUCAGGGUCGUGGCCCCUUGGAUGAUUUCAGUUACCUGGAUUUGCCCAGUAACUACAUGGACCUUUUCAAACAUUAUGAUCCAUUCGGGGGUGAUCAUCUAAACAUUUUUGCAGCUGGAAUUAAAGCUGCCGAUCGUUUACUUACUGUUAGCCAUGGCUAUGCAUGGGAGCUCAAAACACCUGAAGGUGGUUGGGGCCUUCAUGGGAUCAUCAGUGAAAGUGAUUGGAAAUUCCAAGGCAUUGUAAAUGGUAUUGAUACCGCGGAUUGGAACCCUAAGUCUGAUGUCCACCUAAAAUCUGAUGGAUACGCCAACUACUCUCUAGAAACUGUUCAAACAGGUAAAGCGCAAUGUAAGGCGGCAUUGCAGAAAGAACUUGGCCUCCCGGUUCGUGGUGAUGUUCCCGUCAUUGCUUUCAUCGGGCGGUUAGACAAUCAAAAAGGUGUAGACCUGAUUGCAGAAGCAAUGCCAUGGAUAGCUGGUCAAGAUGUACAGGUAAUACUCCUGGGUACUGGAAGGCAGGACCUUGAAGAUACAUUGAGGAGGCUUGAAAGUCAGCAUUACGACAGAGUCAGGGGGUGGGUUGGUUUCUCUGUCAGGUUGGCUCACCGUAUGACUGCAGGCGCUGAUAUACUAUUGAUGCCAUCAAGGUUUGAGCCAUGUGGGUUGAACCAGCUCUAUGCAAUGAUGUAUGGCACUGUCCCCGUAGUGCAUGCAGUCGGUGGUCUUCGAGACACCGUCCAGCAAUAUAAUCCUUAUGAGGAGGUUGGACUUGGUUGGACUUUUGAAAAUGCGGAGGCAAACAGAUUGAUUGAUGCGCUGGGGCACUGCCUGAAUACAUACAGAAACUACAAGUCCAGUUGGGAGGGUCUCCAAAGGAGAGGGAUGAUGCAAGAUUUAAGUUGGGACACUGCUGCUAAAUGCUAUGAGGAGGUUCUUGUUGCUGCCAAGUAUCAGUGGUGACUGGUCACUGAAUCCACAACCCCACUUAGGGUUGUCAUUCACAGAGACCGGUAGGCUACAAUAUGAAGCUCUCCGUUGCGUCAUGCCCUAAUAUCCCAAGUUGACAACAUUGGUGUAAAUUGGAAGAAGAUUUUUUUUUUGUCACAGCUCAGAUUAUUCUCAAUAAGGCACACUGCAAAAGUUCCUCAAAGAGUUCACAUGGAAGAUUCAGAUUUUCGAUUGAGCGGUAAAACUCAUGUAUUUCUGGAGUGGCCUCUAGAUUCGUCUGUUUUCAUGGGAUGAACUCAGUUUGACUGUUGGAGAGCAGCAGAGUACCAGCUAGCUCUGGAAAGCAUUGCUUCAUUUAUUUGUUUUAGAUGGUUAUUAUAGGUCGCGCUUCCAUCUGGGAAUUCUGCUGUUCGUUUCAUGUCAUGUAGACAGAUAAUUAGCAUUUACCCCAUUUUGUUCA